AUGGGAACGAUUGAAGGCAGGCCAGCGGGCGCAAAUGCGCAGUUCGGUUGUUCCUGCCACUGCGGAGGGGGAGCUGGCGGGCCACGGCUGAAGCGCCAAGACUCAGGGGGCGUAGCUGCAGCAGAGAUUCCGGUGCGCGUCGCGUCCUCACCUGACGUCAAGACCCACGAGGAGACGAAGGGCCGGAGCGAUGCUUCGCCGUCGCAGCUAUCAAUUUCAAAAGCCGCAGUGCAGGCAGCUCACAACUUGGCCACAGGAGCAUCAGACUCCACCCAAUUAAUGUCGGAUGCUGCUGACGAGCCGGCUCCCACUGGCGAGUCCAAAGCGAAGGUGAUGCUGCCUAUUGCGGCCGUCACGCCACGGCAGGUCCUCGAUUCGGAUGAGGAGCAGGAGUUCCUUUCUGACGGGCAGCCCAGGACCGAGGGCUCGUCAGGCGGCAGCACCCAUGGCUUUCACUGUGUUUUCCCCAUCAAGCAGGGAAUCAAUCCAAAUCAAGGCCCCCGGGUCUGA